AUGUUUUCUCCUGAUUUUGAGACAAUAAAUCGUAUCUCUGAGGCUUAUACCAUUGGCUUCAUUGUAUCACUCACCUGUUAUGCGAUCGCUCUCUUCUUUAUUCUCACGCAAAAAUCCCCGGCCUCAAAGACUUCAAAGAUUAUCAUCGGAGCACAGCUGACCACCGCCAUGGUUUGUGACGGGGUGGGGUCAAGUUUCAAGCCAGUAAUGUUCUCUCAAGCGCGAAUGUUCGUCGUCGGCGUCUCGUGGAUUCACUCGCUCGCGCACUUCUGUAUCAUAACGGAAGCCUACUUCUUCAUGAUCCAGCUUUGUGGCGGGUGUUUUCUGUGUUUAACUAGUUAUCGAACAGCCCUCUCCCAUCCGUUCUGGUCACCGUUCGCCACCUGGUUCAUGUAUCUGUAUUUCUAUUUACUGAUUGGAGCGUUGAUUAUCGUGACUGGCAUAGUUUUUCUCAAGACUUAUCUCAGCGGCACGAUUUCUGAUGAUCCUGUGCUGAUCUGUACAAGGAAUCCGCUGUUUUGUGGGGAGAAUUUCCCGUACACGGUAACAAUUGAUGCGAGUCCCGAUUUGAUCCACGGAGUGCAGUGCGUUCUGGCGCUGAUCCUCGCGUUGAUUCUCGGUGGGGCGGUGAUGGUGGUAAUUCUCGCCUAUGAUUCCUACAUUCGACCGACAAAUAUCAGUCAGAGUACCCGGGAAAUGCAACAAACAUUCACGAUUAUGAUCUUCUCGCAAGAAAACUUUGGAUCUUUUCAACGACUGAUGGAAAGGUUAGGAAAAGAAAACGAGAAUAGCAGCUUAACAAUGUCCGCAAAUGCCAAUCAGCCACGUUUUGCUUUAGUGUCCACCUUGACUCCAUUCGAGAUCAAUCUGCACUCAUUUUUCACGAGUCUCAUCGUGAUCUUUGUGCCGGGAAGCUAUCGAAAGGUGGUUAUUCGUUGGCUCGGAAAAGUGAUGUAUCGAAUCGGAGUGAAAAGCUGUCAAAAUGAGCCAGGCACGAGUCAUCACUCUUUUAUCAGAAUUGUUCACAUUGGUAAUAAGAUGAAUGCU